GCGAAUGGUCGCGCCGGGCGCAGCUCUGAGUGACCUUUCACCCGCGCCCAGCGGUCCCGGGCGGUGGCACGAGGCGGAAGCCAUGGCGGAGGCGGCGGCUGCAGCGGGCGGGACAGGCGCGGGCUCCGGCUCUGCAGCGGACCGGGACCGGGACCGGGACCCGGACCGCGCCGGGCGGAGGCUGCGGGUUCUCUCAGGCCAUCUGCUGGGCCGGCCUCAUGAGGCACUGAGUACCAAUGAGUGCAAAGCGCGAAGAGUCGCGUCGGCGGCCACGGCAGCGCCCACGGCCACACCCGCCGCUCAGGAGUCGGGUACCAUCCCCAAGAAGCGGCAAGAAGUUAUGAAAUGGAAUGGAUGGGGAUAUAAUGAUUCCAAAUUCUUCUUCAAUAAGAAGGGCCAAAUUGAGUUUAGUGGGAAAAGGUACCCUCUUAGUGGCAUGAUUUUACCAACUUUUAGAGAAUGGAUCCAAAAUAUCCUUGGAGUAAGUCUGGAGCAUAAAGCUACCUCUAAAGCAUCCUUAAAUCCUAGUGAUGCACCUCCUUCUAUUGUAAAUGAAGAUUUUCUUCAUGACCUUAAAGAAACUAGAGGAACAAGUGUUUCAUAUGGUCUGAUGUGUCCUGCAGAUGAGACAAGAACAAUUAUUUCUUUGGACACUUCACAAAUGAAUCGAAUCCUCUGGGUUGAUGAAAAUAAUCUGACAGCUCAUGUAGAAGCUGGCAUAACAGGACAAGAUUUGGAAAGACAGCUUAAAGAAAGUGGUUAUUGUACAGGUCAUGAACCAGAUUCCCUGGAAUUUAGCACUGUGGGAGGAUGGGUAUCUACUCGGGCAUCAGGCAUGAAGAAGAAUAUCUAUGGCAAUAUCGAGGACCUGGAAAAGAGGCAAGAAAAUUGUCAUGUGAUAUAUUGGAUUAUUCCCCCUUCUCUUUCAGGAACUCUUGGUGUAAUAACAGAAGCUACAAUAAAAAUCAGACCAGUCCCUGAAUACCAAAAGUAUGGCUCGGUAGCUUUCCCUAAUUUUGAACAAGGAGUAGCCUGUUUAAGAGAAAUUGCAAAACAGUUUAAAGGAUUUGAUCCAAAUCAACUAAGUGUAGCCACGUUACUGUUUGAGGGGGAUCGUGAGAAGGUUCUUCAACAUGAAAAACAAGUGUAUGACAUUGCUGCAAAAUUUGGUGGGUUGGCAGUUGGAGAAGAUAAUGGACAGAGAGGUUAUUUACUGACCUAUGUCAUUGCAUAUAUUCGAGACUUGGCUUUGGAAUACUGUGUAUUAGGAGAAUCUUUUGAGACUUCUACUCCCUGGGACAGGGUUGUAGAUCUCUGUAGAAACGUAAAAGAAAGAAUAAUAAGGGAAUGCAAAGAAAAGGGUGUUCAGUUUGCUCCUUUUUCUACAUGCAGGGUGACGCAGACUUACGAUUCAGGUGCAUGUAUCUACUUCUAUUUUGCCUUUAACUACAGGGGCACUAGUGACCCACUGACCGUGUUUGAACAAACCGAGGCAGCCGCUAGAGAAGAAAUCCUCGCAAAUGGAGGGAGCCUGUCACAUCACCAUGGAGUGGGCAAGUUACGGAAGCAAUGGCUAAAGGAAAGUAUCUCUGAUGUCGGCUUUGGGAUGCUGAAGUCUGUCAAGGAAUAUGUGGACCCCAAUAACAUCUUUGGAAACAGAAACCUUUUCUAAAUCCAUUAGUAUCGUUUAAAGAAAUGUCACUUUUUCUUUAAAAGUCUUCAACUAUGGUUAUACCAGUAAUCAAAUAUAUCAUGGACUAUAUUUCGGCUACAUUUGUUUGUUGAUUUAAAAUAAGUUUGUUUUCAUUCUGUAGUUUGUUUUGUUUCUACAUCUAUGGAUUAACAGAUGGUAUUCCUAAAUCUCUCUCAUUGUAGGUACGUCAGUUUAUAGCCAACUGGUUGUCAUUUCAAAUUUUAGUCAAGCAGCUCCAGGCUGCCAGUUAUUUCAGAGGAAGAUGCUGCCAGCUGUUUUGUAUUGAUGCUUCCUCCUGGGAACAAAGGCAGAUUUUGGUGUCAUCUAUUGCUCAUCUAGCUUCUUUUUAAAAGAAUGUUUCUGGGAAGCAGGUAUCUAGGGAAGGAGAUUCCCCUGAGGAAUGGUAAAUGUGUAUGUUUAUUAAGAGUAUAUUCUAAUGUGAAUAGGCCAUUAAGGGGAUAUAUUCAUGAAAGAAUAUAGGCAACCUGGUAUUUAGAAUGGUUUCAGUUCUGUAAGGUGUUUGGCCUACAUUUUGCUUUGAAAUUACUGUAAAGGCAUAAAACCUUAAAUCAUCAGUAUACAAAUUAUUCUGUUAGGGGACAUGUUUUUCUCUGUGUUUCUAUUUCUUCUGAGAUAUGAGUUGUAUUUUUAUCACUGAGAUAACCUAUUGUUAUAACCUAGUUCAUUUAUAAUAUGUUUUGUGAGAAAAGCUGACUUAUCACUCAUUGUAAAUGAAGAACAGGUUUACCAUGAAAUGAAUGCCUUUAUUCAACUUAGAGUCCUAAUGUUUCUGAUUUCACAUUCUUAUUGCUGAGAUGCAGAAGCAGCAGCUACAACAGGAGCAGAAGGAAGACUUCUUACACAUAAUGUCUCCCAUUGAAAGAAUUGUUUGGCUAAGAAAACAGUCAUUGUUUAGCUAUUGAAUUUGAAAGCCUCAACAGUUUCAAUUACAAAAAUCUUUUUUUAAAAAAUUAACUCAAACAGCAUGUAAAUUUUCAUAUAAAAGUAAAGUGUCAAUUUAGUUUUUAAAUAAUGGUUUAAUGCCUUUUUUGAAUUACUGGGUUAACCUAAAUUUUAAAAAAAUUUAAUGUAUUAUUGCAUAUACCAUAAUCAAAAGUUUGAAAUAUUCUAUUUCUUAAAUAAUGAGAAUAUAAUAAUCACACUUAGCAAGCAUUUUUACAUUCAAACCUGGAUAUUAAAAUAAGUGAAAUGAUUACUUUGAA